AUGGACCCUAGCAAAGAGAAGAUACGUCAUAUUUUACAGUUUUUCUUCGAUAAAGGCGAAAACGAAAGCCAAGCGGCUGAAAAUGUGAAUAGAGUUUAUGGUCCUGAUACUGUAACAGCCAAUCACGCGCAAUUUUGGUUUCGUCGAUUCCGUUCCGGUAAUUUUGAUGUCAAAGCACCACGCUCUAGAAGGCCAAUUGUCGAAAAUGUCGAUAAAAUUAAUGGAAAUCGUCAAGUCCGACCGUCAUUGACUCGCCAGAAGCUCCGGGAGCUUGGUUGGGAGGUUCUUAUGCAUCCACGUUAUAGUCCGCACCUGGCUCCAAGUGAUUACCACCUGUUCCUGUCUAUGGCGAAUGAUUUUGCUGAUGAAAAAUUCGCCUCAAGAGAAGCUUGUGAAAAUCGGAUAUCUCAGUUUUUUAUCAAUAGGGACGAGGGUUUCUAUGAGAGAGGCAUAAUGGAAUUACCUUCAAAAUGGCAACAAGUUAUCGAACAAAACGGUGCAUAUUUGACCUAA